GCUGGUGUCUUCCCAGACAGGAACCUGGCCGCAGGACGAUGGCGUUAGCGGGGUUGCUGCUGCUGGAGUUGGGUCUGUACGCCAGCUGCUUCGUCUGUGGGAUUGUUACCGCCGCUUCCAUCACCAUAGUCCAGGGUAAUUUUGGAGGCCGCUGUAUGCUUUAUGGACUUGUCAACUACAAUGCUACAGUAAACCUCAUCGGGGUCCAGUCAUACAGCGCCCCGUCUCUUUGCUAUUUUGUGUCGGCGAUAUCGGUCAUAGUAGCGGUGGUGUGUUUCUCACUGUCUCUCUACUGGGUGUACACUUGCUGCAUCGAAGGGGAAAUCAGAAGGGAGCGGGUGUGGAUGAACCUGAUUAUAGCUGUGAGUGGCGUCUUCCUGUUCUUCCUCCUCAUCACGGGGUGCAUGCUGAAGAUCGGACGUGACUCGCUCUGCACCUCGGUCAUACAGAAUGUUCACAACAUCACCAGAUGUGAAGAGGCCCAGGCUAGAAAAUGGGUCAGUCCAUUUAACGGGGAAAGGUUCUACAGCAGUCUAUACAAAGCCGAGACGGCAGCGUGGAUCAACUUCUUCUUCUGGCUCAUCAUCGGGGUUCUGGUGCUCGUACAGAGGCGUCAGAGUUCGGGGCCCAAGGCGAUUGUAGGAGGGUACGAAGGGUACGGCGGGCCAGCCGGAGGGCUUUUCGGUGAUCCCGGGGUGACGGCUGCAGAGACAGAGCCAUUUUUCAACAAUCCAGCAAGGCCACAGUGAGGACGGGUGUCACAGGAUGACUUACAGAAACACACGUACAUUAGCACAGCGCCACAAUGUGUGAGUAGAUGUGGGAAAAAGGGUCAAUACAUCUGGUUUACACUGCCUUGUGGGUACUCACACAUUUCGUGAGAUAACACUACAUGACACUAAUACGUGAUUACAAUAGAAAUGCUUACCCUCGACGAGGAUGGGAUUCGAACCCACGCGUGCAGAGCACAAUGGAUUAGCAGUCCAUCGCCUUAACCACUCGGCCACCUCGUCAGGCACAAGUAGUGUCCUGAACCAACAACACUGUAGAGGCAUGUCUGACAGCCCGACCACAUAAUCCAAAGAUUGAACUGUUUAUAUGUACAUGUACCCAUUUCCCACAUUUACUCACGAAAGCCACUUCAAAUGUCUAACUACUGGGUCACACAGAAAUAAGUGUUUGUUGUAUUUUGUUUAUAAAAUAUAACAAGAAAUGGGAGAAUGCUUAUUGCAGGCAUUCAUUUUUUUCUUUCUUUUUUUUUUAAUCAAUGUGCUCAAAUUUAGCAUUUUUUAUGUGAUUGGCAGAUGUGUCCUAUGUAAAACAUGUUUUCACUCAUUUUACAAAUUAUUGUAGACACUCCUCAACAGCUUAAGUUAAAAAAAAAAAAACAUAAACAGUAAACCUUUGAGAAGUUAGUAUUCGGAUGUUCCACUGUGUGCCUAUACCAGUUUUAUUUCUGUAAGUUGUCUUUAUUCUUCAUUUGUAGUUGAUAAGUUAGUGUGACGUUGAGGCCAAUCGUCUCCUCUCUUCAUUUCGGAUAGUUCAGUCUCACUAUGUGAACAAAACCACUGCUUAAAGAAGCACCUGAACAAAUGUUUACAUACCAAAUAACUAUUGCAUAAGAAAAAAGAGGCUGAAUGUUACAUGCAACGAAUAGUUCAGGUGAUUUUUAUUUUUUUUUUACUUUAAGGUAUGACAUAUGUGCUCCCAUCCUAACUUUUACAUCUCAUAUCCUGGUUCACUUCUAGGUGCUCAUCAAAUCCUGUGUUUGGGAUAUUGCACCUUAGGAGUUAGUGUACCUAAAAAUGGCUGUAUGUCAAGAUAUCAAUCACUUGGUUUGUGAUGCUACUUGACACUGGGUGUGCUACUUUUUUUUGUUGCAACAAAUAAACCAAAGAGUUAAAGCACAACGA